UGCGCAGAGCCGGCCUUGGCGCGUCCUCGGCGCCAGGCGGCAGUGACCGAGCGAGGCGCACAGGGUCGCAGCGGCGCGGCAGCCGAGCUUCAGAGGGUCUGGGGACAGUAGUGCUCCCAGUCUGAGGGGCGGCGGCGCGGCGGCGGCGGCGCCCGCGGCCCCUGAGUGAAUUGAGGACGAGGCCGCGAGGCGACGGCGCGGCGGGGCCCCCUCCAGCGGCCGCGCCCGGAGUAAGGCAAAAGAGAAUGAAAGAAGUAGAUAAUCUUGAAAGUAUAAAGGAAGAAUGGGUUUGUGAAACAGGAUCUGACCACCAACCUCUUAGUGAUAAUCAACAAACAAAUUGUGAAUAUUUUGUUGACAGCCUUUUUGAGGAAGCUCAGAAGGUUGGUGCCAAAUGUUUGUCUCCCACUGAACAAAAGAAACAGGCAGAUGUAAGUAUAAAAUUAUGGAAAAAUGGAUUCACAGUCAAUGAUGAUUUCAGAAGUUAUUCUGAUGGUGCCAGUCAGCAGUUUCUGAACUCCAUCAAAAAAGGGGAAUUACCUUUAGAAUUACAGGGAGUUUUUGAUAAAGAGGAGGUCGAUGUUAAAGUUGAAGAUAAGAAAAAUGAAGUAUGUAUGUCAACGAAGCCUGUGUUCCAGCCCUUCUCAGGACAGGGUCACAGACUGGGAAGUGCUACACCAAAAAUUGUUUCUAAAGCGAAGACUGUUGAAGUUGAGAAUAAAAAUAAGUUGUCUACUGUCCCACUAAACAGUCUGGAACCCAUCACUAAUAUACAGAUCUGGUUAGCCAAUGGGAAAAGGAUUGUCCAGAAAUUUAACAUUUCUCAUAGGGUAAGCCACAUCAAAGACUUCAUCGAAAAAUACCAAGGAUCUCAAAGAAGUCCUCCCUUUUCCCUGGCAACAGCUCUUCCUUUCCUCAAAUUACUAGAUGAAACACUCACACUGGAAGAAGCCAAUUUACAGAAUGCUGUAAUCAUUCAAAGACUCAAAAAAACCGCUGAACCUUUUAAAGAACUUUCAUAACAUUGAUUUUUGAUACACUGAGUGGAAAGUUUCCAGAAAAAUGAUGGUCAUAAGUGGACAUGCACACCAAAAUGAGGGGGAAGUCAGAUUUGCUGGGCUUUGCACUAUUUAACUCCCUCCUGAUGAGAAGAUUUUAAAAUAAGUACAAGUUAGGAAAAUAAACUAUGACUGGGAACUAUAUUCAGUGAACUUUUCCCAGAAGGCUACUCAGAAAGAAAAAUAGACUUAUUUUCAAAUACCGGUUAUUUAACGUAAGAUAUAUUAAAUAACUAUAUCAUUUAAAAUCUUAAUACGGCAUAAAUUAGCAGAUAUGUUCAUAGCAUCUUUCAUUCAAACAUCAUUCCCAGGGCCUCCCUGGUGGCGCAGUGGUUGAGAGUCCGCCUGCCGAUGCAGGGGAUGCGGGUUCGUGCCCCGGUCUGGGAGGAUCCCAUAUGCCGCGGAGCGGCUGGGCCCGUGAGCCAUGGCCGCUGGGCCUGCGCAUCCGGAGCCUGUGCUCCGCAACGGGAGAGGCCA